AUGCAAGGAAGUGUUGCUCCGAAAUUUAAACCCGGCAUCACUAGUACACCAGUGUCUAAUACCCGGGGUCCACAACAGCGGCCUGUAGAUUUGAACAGUUCGGUCGCGUCCGCUCGGUCUGUAAGAAAGCACGCCCAUCCACCCAAACGUCGAACAGACGAGGACAAGGGAUUCACAUAUCGUUAUUCUGACCGUCUUGUUCGAAUUGCGGAGACUGCCGGACCCGCAGGCGUGCCUAACGCCACUAACUCCAACACGAAUAAUGAGAGACCAACCCCCGUUGUAGUGCGAAAGAAGAGGAAGAAUCGGGCGCUGAUGGAAAUCCGUGUCCUGCAGAGCACAACCAAUCUGCUAUUACGAUUUUCAGGUCUGACCUAUCGGCAUUUUGCAUGCGCUUUGGCAGAUGUUAAGAUCACUAUUAGUCUCCGAAAGAAUCGUUAA